AUGUCUGCCUCACUCAAUUCGCCUCUCCGACGCCGUCCACUGGCAUGUGUGCGAUGCCGACGGCGGAAAGUCCGCUGCGACGGAGGCACACCCGCUUGUUCGAACUGCGCCCGAGCCGGAGUGGAAUGUUUCGAAGGAACACCAGGAUCAGCGGUCUCUAAAAGCCGAUUGCAGUAUCUAGAGAAUCGCGUGAGAGAACUGGAGGCCCGCGAAGAUAUCGAGCCGUCGGCAAAUAUCCGAGCGCAGCCGACACUAUGGCGCCAAGAACAGCAUCGCAGCCAUGUCUCCCCAACACAAGUCUCACAACAGGAUGUCCACUCCAUAGGACCUAGGAGGGCGAUUCACCUAGCUGAUGUCCAGUCACCAUUGAGUCGGACGGCACAAACGGACAACACGUCUGGGGCCUCCCCCGCCGUCUCGUCCUCUAGCCGAAUCACUCGGGACCAACCGCUGGCCCACGAAGUGGGCUUACUCUCUUUGACGAACGCCAGCGAUCCCAAGUAUUUGGGUCCAUCAUCCGGAGUUACCUUUGCCCGUCUGAUCUAUGAGAGCGUACCCCAGUCGCAAGGACUGCCAUUGGCGUAUUCGCGACAGAAUGACCAAGAUCAAGGGCUAGACGACCCGGGUCAAGGCCCUGUACUAUAUGAAGCCUUGCAAGUCGACCUGCCUUCCAUGGCAGAGUGCCAGCAAUAUGCCGAGAUGUAUUUCGCUGCAUCAGCAUUCUACCCCUUCAUAUCUCAGGAUGUCUUCUAUACCCUUCUAGGGGAGGUGUUUCGCAUCAGCAAAACAUCGGUCUGGGAGAGUAGACUCCCAGUGAAGCUAGCGCUGGCACAGGUAUUCCUGGUCCUUUCUCUUGGUGCAAGAUCUCUUGAAAUCAAACUAUCCGGAACCUUUGGCUCUCGGGAGCUGUUUGCGACGGGGAUGUCUUACGGUACACAGAUCAAACUUCAUGAUAGCAUUGAGGGUGUGCAGAUUCUCUUGCUGUUGGUGCAACAUAGCUUUUACAGCCCGGAGGGCCUUAAUGCGUGGUAUCUAUUGCACACCAUACUCGCAAGCUGUCUUGACCUUGGGCUGCAGCGCCGUGAUAAUAGUAGCAAGGAGAACGAGCCUCCAUACCAGCGAAAUAUACGGCAUUUGCGUAGUGCAAUCUUCUGGUCAGCAUACUCCAUGGAUCGUACUCUGACUACGAUACUAGGUCGCCCGCUCACAUUGCGAGAUGAAGCGAUUGAUAGAGAAUUCCCUGGAUUCGAUAGCAACGAUGAAGUUGAAGAGGCGGCUACCUACUGGGACCGAAAUCCUAACUCUCAAGAGGCAGGACCCAUUCCGGGACGGGCCUCAACCUCGUACACUGCAUGCAUCUACUCUCUACGCUUUGACCGCCUCGUUGCAGAGAUUAAGCUGAUGCUGUAUCGAGUUUCGCGGUCACCUAGUCGCUUUCCUUGGCCGGCAGAUGUAGGUGCAUGGCAACAGGAAGCGCAAAGAGCUUGUGUUGCUCUUCUUCAAGAGGUGCAAGAUCACCAGCCAGGCCGUUUGCAGGGUGUCUCCAGCCCGCUCUCUGGGGUUGCCGUUCAGCGACUGCAACUCAAAUACCACCAAUGCAUUAUGCUCCUCUUUCGUCCGAGUCCGCAGAUGCCUCGACCUGGCCUAGAUGCUGUUCAAGAGUGUUUCACUAGCGCCAUGGAAAUUAUCGCCAUCUAUGCGGACCUGCAUCGAUUUUCGAAUAUGGAAUGCUCAUGGCUGUCCGCACACUCUAUAUUCGUGGCUUCAAUAACAGUCCUUUAUUGCGUUUGGACAUAUCCGGUGGUCCGCGGCACAACACCUAUAGAUGCUUGUCUAAAGCGAGCAGAAUUAGCACUCCAAUUACUCUCAUUCCUUGGACAGACAUGGACGGUGGCACAAGAGGCCGGUCAGAAGUUAGCGAAGCUGAUUAAAUCCACUAGUGAGGCAUAUGAUGCGAUGACCGGCGGUCCGGCUGACCCUCAAUCACUGGAUAAUAAUGCCUGGGCUGGUAAUGACCAAACGAGGUUCACGCAGAGACAAACCCAAGACAGAACAUACCAGACGCAAGAGGGAUCUGUCAACCCACCACCCGCUGAUGGGAAGAGCUUUUUAAUCGAUGAGCUUGGAAUCCUACGCGACUUGUUUGAUCUCGGCUGGCUGGACGACGUACCUGACGGGAACCAAUCAUUCUUGGGACUCUAG